AAGUUUGAAACCCAGACUCAAGGCAGGUUGAGCCACAGUGCUGAGACCCAUGGCUCUGCUUAGGGACCUUUUGAGAGCUGAAGUUUUCCCUGGGCCUGUGGGUAAUGGGUGGGGCCCCCACUUAGGCCACCUCCAGUUUCCAUGGAAACCCAGAGGCUUCCCACCCCGAGGCUGCCUGGGCAGUCUCCCAGCUGGGGCUUCCUGCUUCCAGUCGCCAUCCUGAGCUGAGCCUCUGGUCUCCUGGUCCUCUGAUGCCUUAGGCUUCUCUAGUCCUAUUUCUAAAACUUUAGUUUCUCAGCAGACAAUCCUCUGGAGCUCCACAGGCCUUUCUAGUCUCACCAACUGUGGGGCCUGGCCAGGCCUCCUGCUUCUUCCCACCUCCCACCUAGAGACCAAGACAGCAGACCUCCUGGGCUGGGCUAUUCCACUUGUUUGCUCCCCUUGCCCUCCUCACCUAUGGAGACCCCAGGACUGGUUGUGCAUGGGGAGGCUGCACCUUUUUCCACAGCACUUCGAAGCCUCGUCAACAACCCCCUAUACAGUGAUGUUCGAUUUGUGGUUGGGCAAGAACAGCAGGAGGUGUUUGCCCACAGAUGCUUGUUGGCCUGUAGAUGCAACUUCUUCCAGAGACUUCUGGACCCGGAACCAGGUUCUGGAGUACCUAGCCCCAUGGUGUUAAGCACUGUGCCAGCUGAGGCCUUCCUGGCAGUGCUGGAGUUCCUGUAUACCAACAGUGUUACGCUGUACCGCCAUUCUGUACUGGAGGUGCUAACAGCAGCUGUGGAGUAUGGGCUGGAGGAACUGCGUGAGCUGUGCCUGGAGUUUGUGAUGAAGGUGCUGGAUGUCGAGCUGGUUUGUGAGGCACUGCAGGUUGCAAUAACCUUUGGCCUGGGACCGCUGCAGGAGCGCUGCAUAGCCUUCGUAGAGGCCCACAGCCAGGCGGUGCUCCAGACCCGCGGCUUCCUGGAGCUGUCGGCGUCCGCGUUGCUGCCCCUGCUGCGCAGUGACGAGCUGUGUGUGGACGAGGCUGAGCUCGUGCUGGCCGCCCGGAGCUGGGCGCGCGUGGGCGCGGCGGUGCUGGAGCGGCCUGUGGCCGACGUGGCGGCCCCGGUGGUGCGGGAGCUGAGACUGGCCUUGCUGGCCCCCGCGGAGCUGAGCGCCCUGGAGGAGCAGAACCGGAGGGAGCCUUUCGUCCCGGUGGAGCAGAUCGUGGAGGCAUGGAAGUGUCACGCCCUGCGGAGAGGUGACGCGGUCCGGGGCGUCUUCUGCCGCCGCCGGCGGGGCACGUUGCCCCGGGAACAUCACCGCUUUUUGGAUUUGCCUUUUAAGUGAUCAGCGACG